AUGAAGUUCUCACUCUUCGCGCUGCUGGCUGUAGCGGUUACCUGCGCUGAUGUUGGGACUCAAACCAAGGACGCCUUCGUUCUGGCCCACAAGCAGCCACUCUCGACCUACGCAGUGGAGAACAUGGACUUCGUUUUGGAAUACGGAAUCUACAACGUUGGAGACAAGCCAGCCCAGAAGGUCACCCUCGACGAUCGUCACUCGUUCCCAACCAACUCCUUCGAAAUUGUCAAGGGACUCCUCCACGUUCACUUCGAGAAGAUCCCAGCUGGUGGAAACGUGACUCACUCCGUCGUCAUCCGCCCAAGAGCCUACGGAUUCUUCAACUACACCGCCGCUCAAGUCACCUACUACACUGACAACGAGAACCUUCAUGUCACCCUCACCAACACUCCUGGAGAAGGAUACAUCUACCGCCAAAAGGAGUACGACAGACGUUUCGCUCCAAAGUACACCUACUUCCUCGUUUUCUUCGCUCUCAUCGCCCCAACCACCCUCGGAUCUUACGUUCUCUUUGAGCAAUCCAAGGCCCGCUUCCCAAACAAGCCAGUCAAGAAAACCACCUGA